AUGGCAGAUUUAUAUCCUUCAAUUGCACAAUGUGCAGUGGUAGCUACGGCUUUCAAGAUAUUGUUGUUUCCAGCAUACAAGUCUACAGACUUUGAAGUUCAUAGAAAUUGGCUCGCGAUCACGAAUAGUUUGCCAUUGAACGAGUGGUAUAUCGAAAAGACUUCAGAAUGGACUCUCGAUUAUCCACCCUUCUUCGCAUAUUUCGAAUUAUUCCUAUCAAAGUUCGCAGAAUGGAUUGACCCGUUGAUGUUGGUGGUGAAGAAUCUGGAGUAUGACAGCUGGCAAACCAUUUACUUCCAACGCGCAAGUGUGAUUGCAACAGAGUUAGUUUUGGUAUAUGCGCUUCACCUCUUCGUGAAGACUGCCCCCUCCAAUCUAAAACGUCCUUCACAAGCAGCGGCCCUUUCAAUUCUACUCUCGCCAGGUUUACUCAUUAUCGAUCAUAUCCACUUCCAAUAUAAUGGUUUUAUGUACGGUCUCCUCAUAUUGUCCUUAGUCAUGGCUAGAAAUGAGAGGACCAAACUAGCAAGUGGUAUACUCUUCGCAAUAUUGCUUUGCCUCAAACACAUUUACCUGUAUCUUGCGCCAGCAUAUUUCGUCUUUUUGUUAUCCGGAUACUGUCUUGGGCCUAAGUUUGGGCCUAAGCGUCCGUUUGAUAUAAAAAUUGGAAAUGCCUUUAAAUUGGCAGUUAGUAUUGUAGCAGUAUUUGGAGCUGCAUUUGGACCGUUUGUAUAUUUUGGUCAAAUGCCUCAAAUCAUUAGCAGACUAUUUCCAUUUGGAAGAGGCCUGUGCCAUGCUUACUGGGCUCCAAACAUCUGGGCUAUGUACUCUUUCACUGAUCGAGUGUUGAUUUCUAUUGCCCCUAAACUCGGCCUCGCUGUUGAUCAAACGGCUGUCAAUAGUGUGACCCGUGGUCUCGUUGGGAACACUUCCUUCGCCGUAUUACCCGAAGUGACCAAAGGCAUGACUUUCGCUUUGACAGCCAUUUUCGAUUUCAUUCCACUGUUCAAGCUUUACAAAAGCCCUACGUGGGACAAUUUCAUCGGAGGUGUAACCCUCUGUGCUUACUCUUCAUUUCUUUUCAGCUGGCACGUUCACGAAAAAGCAAUUCUCCUGGUCAUUAUACCUUUCAGCCUAAUCGCCUUAAAGGAUCGUCGAUUCCUUGGAGCAUUUCGACCAUUGGCUGUGGCUGGUCAUGUUUCCUUGUUCCCUUUGCUUUUUACGGCCGCGGAAUUUCCUACGAAAAUUGUGUACACAAUUUUCUGGCUUAUCUUGUUUCUCCUUGCAUUUGACCGCUUAGCGCCAGCGUCAAAAUCUAGAAUCUUCUUGCUAGAUAGAUUUAGCACACUCUACAUUGCGGUUAGCAUACCGUUGAUACUAUAUUGUUCGCUGCUACAUCGAAUCGUCUUUGGUAAUAAACUGGAGUUUUUGCCGCUGAUGUUCACGAGCUCAUACUCGGCAAUUGGAGUUGUGGGAAGCUGGAUUGGAUUUUUGAUUGUAUAUUUUGAAAGUUAA